AUGGAAACAGCAGGUCACCUUGUUGAAUCUCCGAUCACCACACACGAGGGUCAGGCAUCGGAGCACGAGCACGCAAGUGUCGAUUCAGCGACUGCCAUAGAAUCUUCACCAGUGCCUAUCAGGCCUGGACACCACCAUUCUCCCAGCAGCACGAGAAAACGCACCAACGAAGAGAUCUAUGAGUCUACGAAGUCCCUCAGCACGACGCCUACCGCUUCCAGGUUCCGGAAAUCAGUCCCUGCUGCUUCACAGCCAGGUGAUCAACUGAAACGGUCUACGAGCUCUCCGGAAAGCCAUGGGCCGCUUCCUCAACAGGACGUGAGACUGGCCCAACUCACUACGACGGGCCGUGCAGGCCCAGAAAGAUCUGGAGCGGACAAAUUUCUCUUGUCCAUCUCACCCUCUUCAAGCCACACUUUGGUCCAUGAGAUCGAAAACUACCAACAGCAACUAGAACUUGAAUUUCAAGAAUUUGAACGAUCACUCAAUGAGAGGGACCCAGCUGAAGACCUGGAAGUUAUGGACUGGGAUGGUCUGGAAGCCCGCUACGACGAAGAGAUCCAGCCAAAGAUUGCCGCUGAGCAAGAGAUCAUGAAUGAGUUCAGUGCUCGCUUUGAGCAAUUUAUGCUCUACAUGCAUGUCUCAGCUGAUCACGAGGCUGAACGGGCCAUCAAGAGGUUGCGAACUAGAACCGCCAUCGCUCAGAUUUCCGAGGCCUCAUUGGCCCAGAAGAAAGCUCAUCAUGCAAAGGUGCUCGAGGCAUUCCAGAGUGCAAUGAGUCUCCUCAACGCUUGA